CCCGAGUCUGCCUUUCAUUCUUCUUUCCUCCUUCUCCUUUCCAAAUUUCACCACCGCCCGCCGCCUUGCGUAUGAUAUGAGAGCCUCCUUGUCUUCUUCGCCCUUUUAUUUUUGUUCCUCCUUCUCUUGAACCUCUGCCACCCAUCUACUGUUUGGUGAAGAGUCUGCAAAGAGAGCAUUUUGGGUUGAAGAUUGAUUUGCUAUUUCUGUCUUUCUGUGCAAUUUCUCACAAAUUGGACACGGAGUCUUAUUCCUUUGGUGAAUGUAUUUCAGAUAUGGUUUCUGGGCUUAGGUGAUUUUGGUGCACAUAUGGGGACUCGAAAUUUUUUAUGGAACUCGGCUAAGAAGUUUUUCACCAUUGGCCUCAUAGGCCUUACGGUAUCUGACCGGUAUUUUAGCAUUGUUCCUGUUCGAGGUUAUUCAAUGUCUCCUACUUUUAAUCCCCAAAUCAGCAGUUCUACAGGAUCCUUGACUGAUGACCGUGUCCUUGUGGAGAAAUUUUGCCUCGAAAAGUACAAGUUCUCAUGUGGUGAUGUGGUGGUCUUCUGCUCUCCUAGUAAUCAUAGGGAAAUGCAUAUAAAGAGAAUAACUGCCCUACCUGGUGACUGGAUCAGUACUCCUCACUCUUACGAUGCUAUUGUGGUCCCGAAAGGGCAUUGCUGGGUUGAGGGUGACAAUUCAGUGUUUAGUUUGGACUCAAGAUCCUUUGGACCGAUUCCUUUGGGUUUGGUUCAUGGAAGGGUCACACAUAUUGUCUGGCCUCCCCAAAGAGUUGGUAAAGUUGACAAAAGAAUCCCUCAGGAGCAUUUGCCUUUCUAAUUUUUUUUUUGAGUUUGUCUUCUGUACGUUCUACCAAUUUUUGCCUAUGCUAAAUUGAUUAAGAUAUAUUCUUCAGAAGUUAAGAGUUUAAGGUGGAGCAAUAUUAUCUUAAACUCUUCAGGCUACAAAUUAUUGUUGGGUGGAGAUUGUGCAAUUUUGGCUCCUUUUUCUUAAUGACAUUUGUUGUUUCUUGUAUAAGGCAAUUUUCAACCAUCCUGUUUGAGUU